CCGAUACACCGGUGUAUUCAAUAAAACAGUUGUGUUAUUUCAAAUCGCACGGUGGAUUAAUCUGUGAGCAGCGCAGAUUGAUCAGUCUGAGUUGUUGCUAUUCCGUCAUUUUCAAUUCACCAGCUUGUGCAAAAGUCAGGGCAGGACAAGCUCGACGAUUACAGCUUGGAGGAUGCUAAAACACGUCUAAAAUGAAGGUCUCAAGCUACCGAUGUCACCUGUGUGUGCUGUUUCUGGUGAUUGUGACGUCAGCACAAGACACUGUAGAUCAGUGUCUCAGUAACCCAUGCCUUAACCUGGGAACCUGCACGGAUGGGGACAACCAGUUCUCGUGUUCAUGCGUCGCAGGAUUCGCCGGGAUAAGAUGUGAAAUAAAUAUCAACGAGUGUAGUUCAUACCCAUGUCAAAAUGGCGGCACGUGUGUCGACUUGGUCAACAGCUACAGUUGCGCAUGCCCAGUGCCAUAUGCAGGGACACGUUGUGAAACAGCGCCGUCCUAUCGCCUUGUUCCCGGUCCCCAUUAUGGCCGCGUGGAAACCCUAUACCAGGGCUCCUGGGGUACGGCCUCUGUGGACGGCUUCGGCAAGGAGGAGGCGGACGUGCUUUGUCGCUCUCUUGGCUACACCGGCGGUAUAGGCAGCUUCCACAGCGCAGACAUGUACGGCGUUGGCUCUGGGGAAAUCUGGCUCUCGGGGUUGUCCUGCACAGGAAAUGAGAACUCUCUGGAAGAAUGUCCGCCUAAAAUAUGGGGCGGUCACACCAGCGCUACGCACGCCAGUGAUGCGGCGGUGUUUUGCUAUGGAUCGACAUCCAGUUUACUGUCCCACGGUUGGUACGGCCGCGUCAUGCAGUACGUCGGCACCACUCUCAACAGCAUCUGUGACACCGGCUUUGACGAUAACGAGGCCAACGUAAUCUGCAAGGAAAGAGGCUAUGACGGCGGGAAGGCUUUCUGCUGUAAAACCUUCCACGGCUAUACGUCAUUCACGUACGGUGAUUUGGCGUGUACGGGCAGUGAAAGCUCCCUGGGGGCGUGUUCUCAUUCAACAACAUGCAGCGGAGGGAUUGACAGGGCGGCGUCAGUUGUUUGCUACAAAAAUAGCAUAACUUACACGAGCACGGUGAGCCUGCAAUCCAGCAACAACUACGGAACAGUCUUAAUUACCUACUACAACGUCCCCGGCACCAUCUGCGACGACAACUGGACAGUGGAAGACGCCACGGUGGCUUGCAAAAUGGCCGGCUACCAACAUGGUUACCCAGUGUUCACUGGUCAGAUCUCCAACAGUUUGGACACUCCAAUAUGGCUGAAGGAUGUCCAGUGUGGAGGGACAGAGGGGUCACUCACUGCCUGCUCUGUUGGUGCGUGGGGUGGACACGGGGUGACGUGUGACCACAAACAAGACGCUGGGGUGAUAUGCUAUGACACGGAUGACAGUAAGUCAUGGCCCGAUCAAUGA